UCGUGGAAAUGCCAUUGAAUCAAAGCUAGGGGUGGUGGGUGGGGGAGUUCAUCCUUUUCCAUGACGAUGCUUCUACUUCUGUACCAGUGUACCGCACCCACCCUAUCGUUGGAAACAGACCCCCGGCCCCUCGCACGGCGCGCGCAUGGCGGUAGGCAGGAUGCUGGAGCUCCUCGUCUUCUUCUCCACGGCCGGCAGCUUGCUUCUCGACUUGGCGGCGGUGUUCCUCUGUAUCCUGGCCGGCCCAUACUACCCGACGUUUAGGCUGCCCAACCAGUUGAUGUGGUGGACUUCCUUCUGCGGUGCCGUCCCGUGGGGUGCCGUGCUGCUGAUGUUACAGGCCAACUGCUGGUGUCACGGCUGGGAGGCCACCAACGUCGACCUCCUGGUCCUGAGCGCCGUGGAGUGGGUCGUCGCGUGUUCCACCUUCGGCUCGGCGUGUGCGGCCCUCGCCGUCGACCAGCUCGCCAUCCAGCACAGCUACUGCGGCCCGAGGGACGCCGUGUGCUCAAUGUACCUUGUGGCCGCCGCGAUCUCAUGCGCCGCCGGUGCUCUCGCCGCCGCGUCGGCCUUGGGGAUGCUCUGGAUCCUCGCCUCCCGGUUCCGCCCAGUUCACGCGGCCUAG